AUGAGGCCAAGCAGGGAAGCGCCGCGCAGCAUGUUCAAGAAACGCAAAAACCUUAAUAUCCGAGCACGGCGGUUGAGUGAGGAGGAGGCGGUGGUGGAGGGCGAGACCACGAGCAUCCUGAGCACAGAUGACAGCAACUCUAACUUGCCCCCAGUCGGAAAGAAGGAGAAAAAGAAGGCCAAAGAGAAGGCCGAGCCCAAGAAACAGUCCGUGCUCAGCUUCGAGGACGAGCUGGAAGCUGAUGAUGGCAUUAUGUUCCAAGAGAAGAAGUCGAGCCUCAGCUACAAGUUGAGGAAAGAGAUGAAGAAGGAGAGGAAGGAGAAGAGAAGAGAGGAAAAGGAAAAGCAGAGACAGGCAGAGGGAAAGGACAAGUUCAGAGAGAAGGACAAGAAUGGGGGCCCCACUGUAUCAGAAUUGGAUGAGCUUGGGAUUCGCAUUGUUAAUGGUCGAGAGGCGGAGGCUAUUGGGGCUCGUCCAGGUGACUCAGACUCAGAUGACGAGAUUCCUGGCCAGCAUAAGUUCCGGCCCAAAGGGGCAAAGGCUCCUCAGUCCCUUGAUCCCUGGAAAAAGAUAUUGCAAAGCGGACAAAUCCCUGAUGCCAACAUGAUCCAUGCCAUACGAAAGCAGCGGCAGCAGGCCAGAGAGCAGGGAGACAUGAUCCCCAUUGAUGACACUGUCAGGCUGGAGGAAGGCAAGGGCCGGCUAGUGAGGGACGAUGACAAUGACCGCAGUGAUGAUGAGGAAGGAUCAUCCCGCAUGGACUUUGCUGUGAACCAGCAAGCAAGGGAUAGGCAGCAGCGGCAGGAGGCUUUCAAUGCAGCACAAGAUGAUGGCACAGACAACAGUGACCAUGAACGUGAGUGGGAGAAGCAGCAGUUGCAGAAGGCCAGGGCAAGCACUAAGGCUGCUGGCUGUGAGGGUGAAGCAAGCCAGGAUGGCCUGCCAGACCACAGCACAAGUGGCCCCUUCCCUGCUUCCCUGGACAAUUGUGGUAUGACUGGGAUGGUCAGCAGCAGCAGCAACACCAGUGUCAGCCAGAUGGAGCCGACCCUGUGGGGCCAGGAGAGCCUCAUUCCUGCAUCCUCGUCUGCCCUGCCACGCCCCGCCAACUACCAGGCGGAGGGCAUCAUCAAGCGCCUCCAGGACAGUCGCACCAGCCUGGAGGAGGUGUACCGGCGCCACCAGAAGGAGGCAGACACGGUGAUAGAUGACCUGGUGACCUGCAAGUCCACCAUCUCCCGGUGUAGCUUGGAGCAACACCCGCUGACCAGCAUCUUCCAGUUCUAUCAAGAUAUCCGUGGGUAUGUCACUGACUUAAGAGACUGUCUGAAUGAAAAGGUCCCUCAGAUUGGUGGCCUGGAGGAGCAGGUGUAUGCACUGUACCGUCAGCGAGCCCAGAAGAUGGUGCAGCGUCGCCGCCAGGACGUGAGAGACCAGAAUGAUGAAUUCUCCCCUUUUGCUGCAGGUAAAGGAGCACUGGGGGACGAGUACCGAACAAGACGUGCAGCUGAGAGGGAGGGUGACUCCAACCACCACGAUGGCAUGUCAACAGAUGAUGAGGAGUCCCAAUCUGAGAUCCAGCUCAUGCAGAGUGAAUUAGAGCAUAUUGCUGCUGAAGCACGCAAGAUUUUUGAAGACGUGGAAGAUGACUUCUCACAGCUGAAGCGCAUCAUGACCAGGUUUGAGGAAUGGCGGGGCAAGGACAGACCCACGUACUCUGAUGCUUAUGUCUCCUACAAUCUACCAAAAAUAUUUGCCCCUUAUAUAAGACUCCAGAUGUUAUUGUGGAACCCACUGAUGAAAGACAGUGAGAGCGUUGAGGUGGAGCGCAUGAAGUGGUUCAACCUGCUGUUGCUCUAUGGUACUGGUGACACCACAGAUGAUGACCCACACAGCUUACGGGAAGACCCAGACCGCAAGUUGAUGUCACACUUGGUGGAGAAAGUGGUCUUGGUGAAGCUAAAAGAUCUUGUUGGCUGCUGGUGGGACCCACUCUCCCACACCCAAACAGUGCGUCUGGUUAACCUGAUGAGGCACUAUGCUGAGGCUUAUCCUAGUCUGAGUCCCAGCUCUAAGCCUCUCAGAGAACUCACCCAUGCCAUCAUCAACAAAAUAAGAGAUGCCAUAGACAAUGAUAUAUUCAUACCAAUGUUUCCCAAAAAUGUGUAUGACAACAAGAAUUCUGGAGUGAGCCUCUUCUUCCAGCGUCAGUUUUGGGUAGCAUGGAAGCUCCUCAGUUCUACAUUAAUGUGGCAUAAAGUCCUCAGUGACUCAGUUAUUCAUGACCUUGCUGUCCGUUCAUUGUUAAACUUGUAUCUCCUGCCUGCUCUCAACUUGGCAGCCGAGAUCAAUCCCACAGAUGCCCUUGAUAAGUGUAGGAAUGUUAUCAAUGCCUUACCACGGUCUUGGGUGAAGAGUGAAGGAACCCACGUUUUCCUUGGUCGUUUAGAAGACUUCCUCAUCAAGUUGUCUGAGAAGCUGGACCCCACCACACACUCUCCCGCUCUGAAGGAAGUAUGUGAUCUGCUUAAGUCCAUUGGAGCAACAACCCAAGCAGAGAAAAUAGCCUACAAGUACCUUUAAACAUACUCAGUGAUUUUCAAUACAAUUUGGUUAGCAGGAUCUUUAUCUGAAAGUCAAAAGAUACUAGAAUCUUAAUCGCUACCCAAUUUUAUAAGUACUUGAUCAUGAUUUUUGUUCAGUGCUUGAAUCUAGUUAAUACUCACAUUAACGAGGUAAUGCAUAGCACAGUGAGUUGGGUUGAUAUGGUAUGGCUUAAGAGUUGCCACCUCUGAGGGAGGUUGGUCAUUGUCUAUAAUGAAAAUGUAAAUAUUUUUUGUACAUAAAUUCUCUUCAUAAACAAAUUUUUUUUGUGAAGAAUUUAGUUUCAGACUUGUGAAACAUGCAUUGAGCAUGUAAAGUGUUUAUAUGAAGCAAAGUCAGUUAGGCAUUCUUUGGAAAAAAAAGAAAUGUGAAAGUGAAAAUGUUAAUUGGUUUAAGAGAGAAAGGUUUACCAUUGUUUGACUAUUAUUGAGGAGCAGUUAGAUGUCAGCCAAAGUCAAAGAUACAAGACCAUAUACACUGAAAAUUUUUGUAAAGUUUUUUAUAAGACUGAAUACCUUAUGUACAAAUCAAUAAAGCUUUUCCUUUUUGUU